CAAAUAUUCACAAUUACAAUAUAACAGUUGGAAAUAUUUCUCUUGUUACAAAAUCAAAAGAAAAUCGAAUAUGUGUAUAUUUUUCAAGAAAAAGUUCAUAAAUAUAUAAAAAAAAAAGAAAUAAAAUGUUAUUCAAAAUUGUUUCGAUACAAUAAAAGAAACAUAAGAAACGUGAAAAAAUUAAAAAAAACGAAAUGAGAAAGACAUAAAACAACAAUAUUAUGGUCUUCGUGGUAAAAGGCUAAAGAAAAUUACAAUUUUACAUUACAACAACAAUGUGUAUUAAGUAUUUUAUGCAACAUAUGUAACAAGUUUAACAAUAAUGAAACUUGGAAAUUGUGUUAGUUACUACCAAAGAAAACAAAAAGAAAAGAAAACGAACAACAAUAACUUGUGCUUAAGAAACACACAUAAAGUAAAUAAGAAAAUAAAACGUGAAAUAAUUGUAUGAGUGCGUGUGUUUAAUUUAUUGUUUGAUUUACACUUUUUCUUUGACUUUGACUAACAUCAAUUCUGUGUUAUUGUUUUUGUUAUGUAAAGAAAAAAUUGUAAAUAAAAAAACACAACACAGCUGUGCAACCAGCGCAGCAACUAGAAAUAACAAAAACGACCUCGUUCAGUUUUCUAAAUAAAGAAAUUUUUUUAUACCACUGCACCACAUACAACAGAAUUUAUAGCCAUUGCCACUGAAAAAAUUAUUGUCUAAAAAAAAAAAACAUAGUUAAAAAGUAUAAUGAUAAAACAUGCAGUUUCUUGUAGAAAUAAUAAUAAAAAUGUAUUAUCAAGUUGCCUUAAAUUGAAAUUAUCUUAACCAGUAUUAGCAGCAGCAGCAGCACCUAAACCUAAAUCCAAACAUUGUUUAAUUUUAUUCACACUAUUGGAAUUGCCAGAAAAUCAGUGGUGGUUGGUUGUGUGUAUGUAAGUUUGUGUGCAUUUUAUAACAUCCGUUCUAUUUGUUGGCUGGCAAUCAAUCACCCACACUACUUGGUAAAGUUCUAAAUAUUAUUAACGCCGCACCAUACAUAAGGCACUAAAAGUGCAUAUAGUUUGUUGCUUUCGUGCUGCUGAAUUGUAAUCCUUUUCCGUUAUUACAUUUGAACUGCAUUGUGCCGUUGCUGUCGUCAUCAGCAGCAGUUUUAUAAUUGUAAUUCCUUUUCAAUUUCAAUGUCAAUGGCAGAUUUUGAUGCAAUUUAUGAGGAUGAUCAAUUGGAGGAACAUUAUGAAGAACAAACCGUCCCUCCAGGGCCAGAACCCAUAGUGAUACGUGGGGCUGGUAAUAUGACAGUAUUUGGUUUAAGUAAUCGUUUUAAUACAGAAUUCCCAUCUGGCCUGGUAUCACGAGUAGCGCCUGAAGAGUUCAAAGCCACAAUUGGUCGCAUUAAUGGAAUUCUAAAGAAAACUCUUCCUGUUAAUGUUAAAUGGCUAUUUUGUGGCUGUGUCUGCUGCUGUUGUACCCUGGGCUGUUCCCUAUGGCCCGUAAUAUGUUUAAGUAAAAGAACACAAAUAACUUUGGAUAAAUUACUAGAAUGGGAGAAUAGUCAUUUAUAUCAUAAACUGGGUUUACACUGGCGCUUGCAUAAACAACAAUGUGAUUCAAAUUCCAUGAUGGAAUAUGUCAUCUUAAUUGAGUUUAUACCGAAAACGCCUAUUUAUAGACCGGAUUAAACUGGUGAGAUUUAAAAUAAGUAUUAGUUUUAGUUGUUUCAUUAUAUAUAUUUUUUUAAUUUAGAUUAUUUUUUAUUAUAAUAAAUAUACCUACUAAACUAAUAUAAAAUUAAUGAAUAAAAAAAAAUUAAAUGUAAUUUAAAAAGAAAGAAAAAAAGUAAAUAUAAAACAUGUAAAUGAAUCAUAAAAAGAAAUUUAAACAAAAACAUAUAUGUAUGUACAUAUGUAUAUGUAUAUGGCCAAGAUGUUUAUUAAUACAUAUUGAUGAAAUGAAAUGUUGUAGAACAAUUUGGAAUAAAUUGAAAAAAUUUUAUUGUGAUGCAUCAGCUGAAAUUUAAAUGAAGAAAAAAUAUAGAGAAUUAUUUUUGUAUUGAACUGCAUAUUAGAGGGAGAAACAAAUAAUAUUAUUUUGUUAUUAUUAGUAUGAUUAUCAUUUAAAUUUUUACUACAAAUUUCUUAUUUAAGUUUUACACAAUUUCAGAAAAGGAAUAAUAUUGUUGUAAUUAUUAGAAUUAGAUUUUUCAGCUAUAAGCUAAUAAUAACGUUUAAUGUCGGUAUAAAUAAUGACAAUUCUCCUUUGUGUGAGGGUGCUAAAAACGAAUAUUUCACUCAAAUUCUACGAAAAAUUAUUUUAAAUUAAAGAGUUUCUUGUGGCAAAAAUAUUAAAAAGCUCUCUUAUUAAAAAUAAUUUUUCAAUUUGAGAAUACAUGUCCAAAUGCAUGCAUCGUUAAAAAAAAACACUUUUUUGGUAAAAAGCUUUUAAUAUUUUUCUGCAAAAGUUUUUAAAAGCUUCUUUGUAAAGUCUUAAAAGCUUCUUUGUAAAAGCCCUUUAUGUUUCAAAAGUUUUUUAGAAAAGCUUUUUAAAACUUUUCAAAGUUUUUUUUUAGUAAAAAGCUUUUUAAUAUCUUAUGUUUGAAACAUUAAAUGUUUUCUUUUGUUUCGUUUGUAAAAAUGCUUUUAAAAGGUUUUCUUUUGUUGAAAAGUUUUAUAAGUGUUUUGUUCAAAAUCAUUAAAAAAAAUCCACUUUAAAAGCUAUUCAAACCUUUUAACAAUUGAAUUUUCUUCUGGCUUGAGUUCUUAAGUUCGAUUCGGUUUUCACAAUAUUUAAAACACUUCGUUUGUAAAAAUACUUUUUUGGAAGAAAAGCUUUUUCAAGUUUUUUUCUGAACUAUAAUUUUAAUGUCUCUUAUGAAGCCACGUUAAAAUCUAUUCAAACCGUUUAACAAUUGGAUAAAUUUUGUUCAGGUUCGAGUUCUUAUGCGUUCGAUGCGAUUUUAACAAGAUUAAAACACUUUUUCAAAAAGGGAUAAAAAACUUUUAAAAGUUUUUUACUGAACUAUAAUUUUAAUAUCUCUUAAGAAGCGUAUUUUUGAAAACUUUUAAAGAUUUUGUGUGAAAAAGCACUUCAAAAGCUUUUGUGUGAAAAAAAAAAAAAAUUUAAAGCUUUUUAAGUUUUUCUAGAAAAGCUUUUUAAGAUUUUAACUUCUUUUUUGAAAAAUGUUUUCUUAAAGCUUUUUUAGGAAAAGUUGUUUAAAAAGCUUUUUUGUUAAAAAGCUUGUUAAAUCUGUUUAGUGAAAAAAGUUUUAAAAGCUUUUAACUAUGUAGGCAGUAUUUUGUUUAAAAUUUUGCAAUCGCCAGAUAACUGUUAAGUCUAAUAACCGAUUUUGAUAGUUGAACCUUCUCCGUGGGCUGAAAAAAAUUAAAACUCAUCCUCAAAAAAAAAAAAAAAAAAAAACUACAAUAAAAUAAUAAAAACA